UAAUCUUUCACUAUAUUUUUGCUGAAAAGACAAAUUAAUUUGUCAAAUGGGCGUAACAUCUUUUCAAACCUUCUUGAAGGCCGCGUCAUUCACACGGGAGGAAGCACGGCAAGUGCCUAUAUAAUACCGUGCAGUAGUAAUAACCCAUGAUCGAAUAAUCUGUGUGUUUUUGUGGACUUGUGAGACCAACAAUAAGAGUGAAUAUAUAUGGCAAAGAGCAAGGUUCUUGUUGUAGGUGGUACUGGGUACAUAGGGAAGAGGAUUGUGAAGGCAAGCCUAGCACAGGGCCAUAUAACCUAUGUUCUUCAACGCCGAGAGAUGGGUCUUGACAUUGACAAGAUACAAAUGCUUUUAUCAUUUAAGAAACAAGGUGCCAGACUCAUUCAAGGCUCAUUUUCCGAUCACCAGAGCCUUGUUGAUGCUGUGAAACAAGUUGAUGUUGUCAUUUGCACCAUGUCUGGUGUUCAUUUUCGGUCUCACAACAUUUUGUUGCAGCUCAAGCUUGUUGAUGCCAUCAAAGAAGCAGGAAACAUUAAGGGCCAUAUAAAAUCGUCACAAUUUGCUCAACAAAACAACUUAUUUUCAGUACACUCAAAACACAAAACUAUAACCCAAUUAAAACCCAUCAGCCCCUUUCAAACACAACACAACAACACGUUCAGACUUCAGACCUGGAGCACGGCAAACCCAAAUCUCAUCUCCUCCUCCUCUUCACACCGGAGCUCCACCCGGUCACAGAUGCUGCCGCCCACGUCGUUUCUAGAGCUAGCGAAAUCUGUUGGAGCCGUUGCAAGUGUGGUGUCGCAACUCAAGCGUUUCAUACCAUCUGAGUUUGGUACGGACCCCUCACGGAUGGGACAUGCUCUUGAACCUGGAAGAGUGUCAUUUGAUGAGAAAAUGAGAGUGAGAAGAGCAAUAGAGGAUGCUAAAAUCCCCUUCACUUAUGUAACUGCUAAUUGCUUUGCUGGUUACUUUGCUGGCAACCUUUCUCAAAUGGAAACACUCUUGCCUCCAAGGGAUAAAGUUACCAUCUAUGGUGAUGGCAACGUCAAAGUGGUUUACAUGGAUGAAGACGACGUGGCCUUAUACACAAUUAAAACAAUAGAUGAUCCUCGAACAUUAAACAAAACACUGAACAUUCGGCCUCCUGAAAACAUUCUCUCCCAGAGGGAAUUAGUGGAGAAGUGGGAGAAACUUAUUGGGAAGGAACUACAAAAGAUUAGUUUUUCACAAGAGGACUUUCUCGCCUCCAUGAAAGGACUGGACUUUGCUAGCCAGGUAGGAGUUGGUCAUUACUAUCACUUUUUCUAUGAAGGUUGUUUGACGAACUUUGAAAUAGGGGAAGAGGGUGAAGAAGCUUCAGAGCUCUAUCCAGAUGUGAAAUAUACACGCAUGGAUGAAUACCUAAAGAUGUAUCUAUAAGUACACCAUGUCCAUGUGAUGUCUCACUCAUCGCUAGCCAGCUUCCAGUUGUUUCGGUGUGUGAAACAAGGCCCUUCGAUCGAUCGGUUACCCAAUAUUCAUUGGGCUUCCAAGGUUCAUUGGACUUCUGUCUAAAGAUGGCCUUUUGAACUUAGUCAACACCUCCAUUUAUCAAAGCGGAUGUUUGGUA